AAGGCCUAUGAUGAUGCCCUACACAAACAGGACGAAAAAAUUGCAGUUGCAGAUAAGCUGUAUAGCCUGAUCUCUAGACACCUUGAAAGGCUAGAUGACGAACUAUCCCGAAACAAUAUAAAUUUAGAUCGUGAGUAUUUAUUUGUAUUGCAAGAAUUUGGUAAUAUGAUCCAAUGUGAUCAUCCUAGAUGUGAGAAUGCGUGGUAUCACUGGGAUUGUGUAGGUCUUACACAACAACCGUCAGGACAAUGGUUUUGUCCUGAUUGUGAGUUCAGACCUUAUGAGCCUAUCCCUCUUGACGAUUUAAUGAUUGAGGGCUUUGCCAUGUAUUCAUAUCCGGAUCAAGGUCUGGAUGAUUUCACACUUAGUAACCCUCCAUUUCAUUGGUAUGUUUUAAGCAAAUCCUUUUUAUUCUAUCGUCUUAUAUUCUCGUCACUUUCUUUUAAUUAA